CAUCACCCUGAAUCUGUCUCCUAUCUCAGGUGUGUUCUGAGAGAAAGUGGGCGUGGUCAUGCCAGGAAGCCUCCCCUAACAACCGCUAGAGCGUCUUGCAGUUCCUCGCGCGGAGACGCUCGAAGUGCACGUGAGACCCGUAUUUUAACGGUUUGCCGAUGCGACGCACGUCAAAUGUGCAUCCGUGAGCCGGGAUAAAGGCUUCAGCCGCCGCUAUGAACGAUAAAUACCACCGGGCGGCUCGGGACGGUUAUCUGAACCUGCUGAGAGAGGCCACGCGCAAAGAUCUGAACGCACCUGAUGAAGAUGGGAUGACGCCGACGCUUUGGGCCGCGCACCACGGCAACCUGGAUGCGCUCAGACUGGUGGUGGGAAGAGGUGGAGAUCCAGAUAAAUGUGACAUUUGGGGAAACACCCCUCUUCACCUGGCUGCGGCUAACAGCCAUCUCAACUGUCUAUCAUUUCUGGUGUCGUUUGGUGCCAACGUGUGGUGCUUGGACAAUGAUUACCACACACCAUUGGACAUGGCAGCCACCAAGGGUCAUAUGGACUGUGUGCGGUAUCUGGACUCUAUCGCUGCCAAACAAAUCACCAUUAACCCAAAACUGGUGAGCAAACUAAAGGACCGCGCCUUCCGUAACGCUGAGAGACGCAUUAAGAACUGUGAAAAACUUCAGCGCAAACACCACGAGCGCAUGGAGAAGCAUUUCCUGAGAGAGUCUGCUGCGAUGGACAUGUCAGAUACGAUGAGUUACAGCAGUUUCAGUAGCACUCUGAGUCGCAAGAUCCCACAGUUCAACACCCUCAAUUCCAAUAUGACCUACUCACAGGCAACCCUUCAGUCCACGGCUAGAGGUAGAACCAAGAUUCAACGACGCCUUGAGAAGAAGAAACAGGGUGAAGGGACGUUCAAGAUUUCUGAAGACGGGCGAAGGAGUGUCCAUUCUCUCUCUGGUCUUCAGUUGGGCAAUGACAUAAUGUUCUUGAAGCAGGGUACGUUUGUCAGCCCACGCCAACAGUCCAGUACACGUCUCAACAUCCGUAACAUGUUCUCAGGUAAACACGACAUCAGGACGGCUGAAGACAACGAUGAUGUAGACACUGUUUCCCGGGCUCUUAGUGACCCGGGUCUGUAUGAUGCAGCAUACUCUGAAAUAAGUACAGACUCGGGUCGGGACUCUCUGUUCAACCGACCAGGACUUGGCACUAUGGUAUUCCGUCGGAAUUAUAUGACUGAUAGGCUUUCCCGAAUGGGACAGAAUGAGGGCAGUGUGGUGGGCAGUGAGCCGGUGGGACGGGCCCAGAACGUCAGAUUACGAGGAAGAUUGCCACUACGUUCACCCAGUCUAGACGAAGUCAGCAUUGGCAGCUCAUUGAGUCUACAGGAGAGGAAUUUACAGGAUUUGCCUUGGGAAGAAGGAGACCUGGGUCUGGAGGAGGAAGAUGAUGAGAUACAGCCUUCAGCGGCUCCUCUGGAAGUGUUCCUGGCCUCUCAAGGAUUGAGUGACUAUCUCUCCAUUUUUAACCGAGAGCAGAUGGACCUGGAGUCAUUGCUGUUGUGCUCAGAGCAGGACUUCAUUAGCAUUCACAUCCCUCUCGGGCCACGUAAAAAACUAAUGGAUGCCUGCAGCAGACGCAGCCAUGUGCUGGAUAAAGCUGAUGGCAUGCAGGACACUAUGCUGUGAAUGUUCUGAAACGGUGCCACACACACUCAUAGUGAGCUACCUAGCUGUCUACUGCCUACAUAGUAAGCUACCUUCUAAAGGCUAGGAGAUACAGUAUCUUGUGCAAGUUAGAGUGCUCAGCCUUUAUAAGUAUACUCUUUAUGCGCACAUACGACUCUUUGGGACAGUCAGUGCCAGGCGCAUGGGCAAUGAUGUGCACAAACGCGGACUGUCAACGUUUCUAGAAAAAACUGGGCUGCACGCAGACAGUACACGUGCUGUGCUAGUGAUGUAAAUUUGCAUGAUGAUGCAGAAAACCGAAGUAUACUUUGGCCUUAAGGCAGCAUUCAAACUAAAAUGUAACCUAAUACACCCAAUGUAUUCUGAUUUGGAACAUAGACAGCAAUAUAGCACGAGACACAAAUAGUGUUCCUUGAACAAUAGGUAUGCAUAUGUAGAUGCCUCAUUAGCAGCUGUUCCUAUGGACUGAUCUCGAAGUGUCCGCCAUAUUGGAAAGGUCAAGAGCCUUCCGUAAUAACAUGGAAGUGAAAUGACAGAUGGGGUCUGCAACCAUCUGAAAUCUUUUUCAACCAAUUUUCACAAGAUUGAAUUUGCCACAUCUGUAAUAUUGUAGAAGAUAAAAAUGCCAGAGUAUUGGUAAAAAGCUCUGAUAUGCUGUAAAUAAUGUUGAUAAGAGAACUGUCUGAUGCUUUAAGCUUCUAA